UCCUUGGAGCUACUGUUGCAGGAACAGAAGGGGAAAGGGGAGAGACCGGGAAGCUGAGCACCAUGGCUUAUUCAACCACCACCACCAGCAGCUCCUACAGGAGGGCCUUUGGGGGCAACGUCGUGGGGUCCCCACAGCUGAGCCGGGCUUCCUAUUCCGGUGGGCGCUUCAGCGGAGGGAACCUGUCCUCCAGGUUUCACAUCUCCAAGACCACCGCCUUGCCCUCCUUCACCGGCAGCUACAAGGUCAAGGCGCCCAGCCGCGGCUACGAGGUGGUGGACUUCAAUCUGGCUGACGCCCUCAACCAGGAGUUCAUCCAGACCAGGACCAACGAGAAGGCGGAGAUGCAGCAUCUGAACGACCGCUUCGCCAGCUACAUCGAGAAGGUCCGCUUCCUGGAGCAGCAGAACAAGGUGAUGGUGGCCGAGGUCAACCGGCUGAAAGGCCAGGAGCCCGGCAGGGUCAAUGAGCUCUUCGAGCAGGAGAUGAGGGAGCUCCGCCGGCAGAUUGACGCCCUGACCAACGAGAAGGUGCGGGUGGAGGUGGAGAGAGACAACCUGGCGGACGACCUGCAGAAACUCAAGCAGAGAUUACAAGAGGAGAUACAACUCAAGGAAGAGGCUGAACAUAACCUGGCCGCAUUCCGACACGAUGUUGAUGCAGCCACACUGGCACGCUUGGAACUUGAGCGGAAGAUCGAGUCCCUCAACGAGGAGAUCGCCUUCCUCAAGAAGGUACACGAGGAGGAACUGCGGGAGCUUCAGGCUCAGCUCCAAGAGCAGCAGAUCCAAGUGGACAUUGACGUGGCCAAGCCAGACCUCACUGCGGCUCUGCGCGACAUCCGUGCACAGUACGAGUCCAUUUCGGCCAAGAAUGUGCAGGAGGCCGAGGAGUGGUACAAGUCAAAGGUAGCGGACCUGAAUCAGAGUGCGGCCAAGCACAAUGACGCCCUGCGACAGGCGAAGCAGGAGGCGAUGGAAUAUCGGCACCAGAUCCAGACUUAUACUUGUGAGAUUGACGCCCUCAAGGGAUCUAAUGAGUCUCUGAUGCGCCAGCUGCGGGAGAUGGAAGACAGGUUCGCCAACGAGGCAGCGGGCUACACGGACACGAUCGGGCGCCUGGAGGAGGAGAUCCGUCACCUGAAGGACGAGAUGGCCAGGCACCUGCGUGAGUACCAGGACCUGCUCAACGUGAAGAUGGCGCUGGACGUGGAGAUCGCCACCUACAGGAAGCUGCUGGAAGGUGAAGAGAGCAGGAUUGUGAUGCCCAUCCAGUCGUUUUCAAGCCUGAGUUUCAGAGAGACCAGUCCUGAACAGCCUCGCCAUGCAGAAAUCCAUACCAAAAAGACAGUGACCAUCAAGACUUAUGAGACCAGGGAUGGAGAGGUGAUCAGUGAAUCAUCACAACAGCAGCAGGAAUUGGCUUAAACCCCCACAGAAAUGUACAGGAUGUGUCGUCCAGCCCUUGAAACCCCCUGCCAACCCCCACCACAUCCCACCUCACCCCACCACCAGCUAUCUACCAGGUUAACAGCAGCGAAUCACACACACGGGACAAAGUGCCUUGGAACCCAGCCUGAGGAAGCUGCCGGCCAACGUCAGCGGAGGGUCACAUGUUCGUGUGGCGUUGGGGAUACUAAGAGAAGAAGACAUUGUCAACACCUGUUUGAGCGUAGAGAUAUCGAGAACUUGUACAUCUCGGGAAUGGGAGACCCUUGCAUCUGCUCCCCUUUGACAAAGACCAUGCUGAUCCCAUAUUUCAGUUCUGCUAUCCUGCCCAAUCCUAUGGUUCCUGAGUUUUCCAAACGUCCGUCUGUCUCUGUAUUGAACACACUCAGUGAUGGAGCCUCCACAACCAAUCAGCAUCUGAGCUGAUGCCCUGCCCUUGUUUCUGGCUUGUCAACGAUUGGACCGGAGUGUGCAGGGUUGUGGGAUUGGGUGAGGAAUAGCCAACAGCAUCUGAUGGGGCCCCCUUCCCACUUCAGCACCAAUGUCAUCCCUGGAUUCCCAGUGGGAAAGGAGGGGUCAAAGAAAAGCUUUCCCUUGCCCCUGAUGAUCGCCCCACCAUUCCUUUCUCCAGAUGAGGCCCAACAACUGGAUGGAUUGGCAGCAUUCAGCAGACCUUUGCUGCGGGUGCUAGGAUAUCCUAACUGGUAUGCCUUGGAACUCCCUCUUUCCCGGCAUCCCCCUAAGAAAGAAAUCUUCCUGUAUGAGUCACAUUUGGUGUGCUGGAGAUGUAGUCAUCUCUGGGGCUUAGUUCUUGAUUGGUCAGUUGUGCUUGGAUAUUGCUGUUUGGGGCCAGAUUUGCUUAUAGUGGCGCAGUCUAAUACCAUGCUGAAUUUACAGCCUUAAAAUGGCCAUUUGCUCCCUCUGUGUGGUGUUCCUACUCCCAACACCUUCUACUGACCCUCCAUCCCCCACAUGGUUAUCCAUCUCAAAGAGUCAUAAACCUACAGCACCGGGGCAGGACCUUCAGCCCGUCGAGUCUGUGCCCACCGUCAACCACUCAUUCUCCCAGCUUUUACUGAGACAUCAGUCCCAAAGAUUCCCCGUGGGUUCAAUUCCAAAUUCCCCUCUGGACCAGGAAGGUUUCUCCUGAAACGGGUAGAGGUUGAGGAUGUCAAAGAGAAUAAAAAGACACUUGGACAGGUACAUGGAGAGGAAAGGUUUAGAGGGACUAACGUGGGCAAAUGUGACUGGCUCAGAUGGGAAUCUUGGGUGACAUGGAUGAGUUGGGUCUAUUUCUGUGCUGUAUGAGGUGGGAGGGAGAAUUUCACUUCUGUGCCAAAGGGGUGCUCACUCCCCGACACUUUGUGGUCACUUCAAGAGCUCGGCGCACCGCACGCUGUUGAGUCCGCCUCAGUCCCAGGGCUCUGUUCCACCCAGCCCAGGGUGGGUUCAGACACCCAGGCAGCAUCUACAGCUCAGUAAAACAUCUCAUCCGUCAACGUCCAGCCACCACGGGGGAUAACUCAGCAGAUGAUCUAAAGCUUUGUUGGGGGGCAGGGAGGGGUUUAGAAGGCGGCUAAAAGAGGCAAAGGGAUGCACAAGCUGGGAAUUCCAGAGCUCGAGGCAGCUGAAGGCACAGCCAUCAAGGAUGCAGUGACAGAACUUGGGGACGAGCAAGAGGCCAGAAUUGGAGGAGAGUAGAGAUGACAAAGGGUUGUAGGGGGAGAGGAGGUUACAGAGAAAGGGUGGGUCGAAACCAUGGGAAAGGGGAAGGUGAGGACAGACCAGGGAUUAGUGCAGGUCAGGGGUAGGGGUGGUGGGUGAACAGGUGAACAGGACUUGGUGUGGGAUGGGACGCUGGGCAAUGGUGCUCUAUCUGCCAGAGGUCUGACCCUGCGGGACCCAUAAACACUGACUGCUCGUAGACCCACCUCCUGACUAGCAAGUCGCUUUGAUCAGUUCCCCCAACCGGGCACCAGGCAGGAGCCAAACUCCCAACGACACUGGUUGAUGGGUUCCAGUCCACAGCGUCCUGAGUCACCACCACGUGUCCACCCCUAUCGCCCUUCACCAGAGCUGGAGAGGGUUCAUUAUCAAUCGUUUCCUGCUUAGCUUCUUCUCACCAACCCUACACAGUGCCAUGUGAUGGUACACCGGCCAAUCAUUUCACUGCGCCAAACUCAAGAGGCUAAAAGUGUCUGAAUAAAAUUCAUGGGGAGAAAUGUCUUUUCCUUCCAUUCUCGGACAAGUGUUUUCAAGAUAGAUCAGAUGAAUAAAUGCAAGAGCCUUCUAUAGUUAAUUUAGCAGGAAAAGUAUGAUCAUUUGAUGCAUAAGAAGUCUAUUCAGCUGAUCAAGUCUAUGCAAGCUCUUUGCAAGGGCUAUCCAAUUGGUCGUCCACGAUCUUCCUUCCCAUCCCUGAAAAUUCCUUCCCAUCUCCUUUUCCAGUAGUUUUCAAGGUUCCCCUUGAAUUUGCAUCCAUCAUCCUUACAAUAAAGGGAAUGGAGCAAAGGUUCAUUGGAUGUAUUUUUGGGACAGCAGGUUUGUCCCACCAAGAGAGAUUGGGUCUAUACUCUUAUUGACUUUAGAUGAAUAUGAGGUGAUCUCAUUGAAGUGAAUUCUAACAGGGCUUAAGAGGGUAGAGGUGGAGUUAAUGCUUCUCUGGGCUGGGUUGUCGAGAACAAGAGGUCACUGCCUUAAAAUUCAGACAGAAAUGUGAAGAGCUUCUUCAGCCUGAGGGCAGAGAAUCUUUGGAAUUCUUCGCUCAGGAGGAUUGUGGAGCCUCAGUUGCUGAUUACAUUCAAGACAGACAUCAAAAAAUGUUUGAGUAUUGAGGGAAUCGCAGGAUGUGUGGAACAAGACGCUGAGGUGAAAAGGCAACCACCUUAUUGAAUGGUAGACUCUGUACAAGGGGCCGAAUGGCCUGUUUCUUAUAUUUAAUUAUGUUCUUUCAGGCUACGCCUUCCAGACUGUGACACCGCGCUGGGUAAAACUGGCAUCCCAUCACUCACCUGGUUCUGUGGCGGACUUCUCUGCCCUGGUGACCCUUCCUAUAACCAUUUCUCUUUCUCAAAGACUCAUUUGUAGAUGUGAUCACCUCAAUUAAAUCUCCACUUUC